UGGACAAAGGGAAGAAAUGACGUGUACAGGAGAACAUGUAGUUUACCACUGUAUUCCUAAUGAGCAUAAUCAGGAAGUAGAAGUCUGUGUACAGUGGAAAUGGAUUUCUCCAGGUUACUGUCCAUACUAUGAUUCUCCUUCCAAAGCUGUAAAAGAAUUACAUUGUGCAUAUUACUGCUUACAAAACAUUAAAUUACAAGAAACAUGCGUGUGUUCAUCAAGACUCAGUGUCAAUACUUCUUGCAGUGAAGAAUGUAAACAAGAUUUUUCAUCCAACACAUAUAUCUUUUGUGGAUAUGAAAACCCUUCCACUGUUGUAAAUCCAUCAUCAGCGACAUCAUCCUCAAUAUACGAUUACUUUACCCACAAAGAGGAAAGAAAUGGUACUGUUGACAGCAAUGUAAAUAAUGACAACAGAUCCACUAUGCCAAUUUUUACCAAACUUGGCACAGAGGAUCCUUGGGUAAAGGAGCUGAUUUAA